UUAACUUUUGCAAAUCAUGAUUGGUUUACCAGUUAGGGAGGAAGAAUGCAGUUUUUUGGAGGAUCAGAGAUCAGCCCGUCACCGCCAGCACCGACUGGAUCAGGAAACAAUGCUCAUAUGAUGUACAUUUUCAACAGGAAUGGGGUGUGUUUGCUGUAUAGGGAAUGGAACCGCCCCCUGAGGACCCUGAACGCUAACCAGGACCACAAGCUCAUGUUUGGUCUCCUAUUUUCCCUCAAAUCUUUCACUGCUAAGAUGGAUCCCACUAGUGUUGAGAAAGGGAAUCUUGGGGUGCCUCAAUUACCAGGACAAGGUUGUUCUUUUCAUAGCUUUCGUUCAAACACAUACAAACUGAGUUUUAUGGAGAGUCCCUCUGGGAUAAAGAUAAUCUUGGUUACUCACCCCAAAACUGGCGAUCUACGGGAAUCCCUGAAGUACAUCUACAACUUGUAUGUGGAAUAUGUUACUAAGAAUCCACUUUAUACUCCAGCAACUCCAAUUAGAUGCGAGUUGUUCAAUGCGUCUCUUGAUCAAUAUGUGAAGAACCUAUAAUGAGAAUGCGGAGAUCGAGAUACGAAAAUCAGCAACAUAAUUUGAUUUAAUUGAUGGAUGGGGAGAAGCUUAAGGUGUCUUGUGUCCGUUUGUAUGGUGCGUUGAUUUUGUAUGGCAACUGGGACCUACAACCUAGUGCAACUCUUACUUGUCUAUUCUAUAUUUUGUUUUUGUGAAAUGUAGUUAUCAUGUCUAUUA